AUGUCUUCAUCGUUAGGUUUUGGUCGCUAUUCGCACGCAAUUGUGUCCCGAAUUCCCAACUCAUUCGUCAAGUCUUUGGGCACAUCAUCGGUGAUAGCCAUCGAUGAGGCCAAGAGAGAGCACGAAGAGUACUGCAAAGUGUUGCGAGCGCUCGGACUCGAUGUCAUCGAACUGCCCGCCGAUGAGGCCUUUCCCGACUCGCCCUUCGUCGAGGACACGGCGGUCGUCAUCAAUGGUGUGGCCCUCAUCUGCAAACCGGGUCAUCCAUCCCGUGCUAAAGAGGUCGACACAAUCCGAGCAAUAAUUAAAAAAGAGCUUAAACUGCCUGUCAUUGAGAUCGCAGACCCGAAGGCCACUCUCGACGGCGGGGAUGUCUUAUUCACCGGACGCGAAAUAUUUGUGGGAUUAUCUCAGCGAACCAAUGAGUCCGGUGCCAGAGCUGUGGCCGCAGCCUUUCCUGAAUAUCCCGUCACUCCCAUCAGAAUCCCAAACAAAUUAUUGCAUUUAAAGUCAUGCCUAUCAAUGGCCGGUUCAGACAUUCUGUGUGUCAGCUCAUCACAAGAGGCACAAGAAAUUCUUAGACGAAUAGUACGUGAGGCCACUCAUCGAUACCAUACACUGACUGUUCCCGAGAACACGGCAGCAAAUACUCUGUAUAUUAAUGGAACUUUAGUUCACAGAUCAGAGUUUCCAAACUGUUGCGAAUUAUUUGAGAAUAAAAUCGAUUUCAAUAAGAUUGGGAUCAAGAUAUGGGAGCUCUCGAAGCCUGUGUCACAUCUGACCAGUCUAUCCAUACUCGUGAGGAAAGCCCGGCAAAUACAUACCAUCGUAUGAUCACAGUAUUCCCUUAUCAACACAUUCACCACUCACUAGCAAAAGAGUUUUUCCAAUCAUUUAUUUGGCAUUUUUAUGAUAUAUUUUCGGAUUAUUUUAUUAGAAUUAUGGCAUCAACUCAUGAUUUUAUUAUAAGAAUUAUAAUCUAAUUAUUAUCACAUUUAUCUCAGUUAUGGUCAUUGCAUUGAGAAACAGUAUUAUUGAAUGUGAUAUUUAUAUACGACAUAAACUACUGUUAAGCUUUAAAUAUACUUAUUUAUGAGGAUUUUGGCGAACAAUUCAAGUCUUUGUCGAUUCAUUGAUUAAUUCGUGCCUUUUAUUACUAUUUGAAAAACCGGUUAAAUAUUUCAAAUACUUUAGUUUUGCGACAAAAUAUUUAUAUUGUAUUUCAAUUCGAAACCAAUCUUUGAUCUAAUUAUCGCUUCAUUUGUAACUAGUUUUAGUGAAUCACCGCU